CCAGCUGCUGAAAAAUCUUUACCCUGCGGAAAUUCCGCGUUCACCACCUCCCACCUGAUCCAGCGACUCUCCACUACACCCUCACCUCAGGUAAACGGGGAAGUCGACCUGUGAGAGCGGCGCUGAAAAGGCCUUUACACACCAGCAGCGGACAUGACGGGAGAAAUGACCGAGCAGAAGAAGUUUUCUGAAGUCAUUAGUCAGAUAUUGCAAACUGCGCCAGAUGCGAGGAAACACCUUGUUGACAACCACAGCAACCUCCUGCAAGUGGCGGAUUACUGCGAGAAAAGUUACCUCCAGGCAGAGGAUCAGACCAAGGCUAUGGAUGAGUCCAAGGCUUUGGCCGCCCAGUCUCUGGCCAGUGUCAGUUACCAGAUCAACAGUCUGGCCACCACCAUGCUGAAGCUGCUGGACUCUCAGGCCAUGCAGGUCAAAGCUAUGGAGAACUCAGUCAACCUGCUGUCACUGGCUGCAGCUAUCCACUUUGAGAAGGUGUCGAGGAGAGAGAUUGGUACUUAUACUACGGCCAAAGACAGGACUCGCUCCAGGCUGAUGGCUCUGCCGCCUUCAGGCAAGGAGCCAGAGAGGAGCUACUCAAGGGGGCCGAUAUCAUACUCUGCCUUGGACACUAUUGGACACUGUUUUAAGAUCAUUGAGGAGCAGCCCAGAAAGAGAGCAGACAGCAUACUGAGCACUGCAGACAUCUCUGUAACCAGUCUCGGCAUCGCUGUGCCUCCUCCGUCAGUCCCCACCAUGCAGACUGUCGCCAACCCCUCCAACGACAGUCUGCCCCCCCCUCCUCCCCCCGCCGGUGGCCUGAACCCCGGCCUGCCUGCCCCUCCGCCCUUCUCUUCCUCCAUGGACUACGGCCUCCCCUCCGCCCCAUGACCUCGCCGACAUGUCUGCCCCCGCCGCCCCCUCAGCCGACUAUUGGCCUGUCGAACGGAGCCUACCCACCGCCUCCGCCAUCAUCGGGAGCUGGACCUCUUCCCCCUCCGCCUCCUCCUCCUCCUCCUCCUCCUCCAGGGUCAGGAGCUGCAUCUCCCCACCUCCUCCUCCUCCACCACCACCACCUCCCCCUCUCCUACAUUAACAAACAAUAUGGGUCAUGUUGUCGGAUGGUUUAAAUUUUGCGAAAGUAAUGCAGGUAACAAGUCUGAGCAGACAUGCUGGGUCUUUGCCAUUAGAUGAAAGUGUAAAGGAUAUUUUCAGGCCUGUUUUGACAUCGAAAUCAUUUGCAAAUAAAAGCUGGAAACUGUCGAA